ACUAGUGGGCGGUUUCCAUUUAAAUACACGGGGAGCAGAGCAACAUGGCGGCCGGCAGCGAGAGCCCGUCUUCGGAGGCGAAGGUCAGGCUGGCGCCUCGCAGCUCCUGGUGACCCCCCCCUCCCGCUCCCCCACCAUCAUCAUCAUCAUCCCCGCGGUGUUAACACGUCCUGACCACUGCAAGCCACCAUUUAGAGAGCUCCCAGUCAGACAAGUACCAUGAAUCUUCUGGGUUUCAUACUGAGUGAAAAGGAUAAUGUCUGAAGAUUAUCAAUUGUUUUACAACCGAAAUGCCCUAGGGGUGUUUUUGGAGUAAAACCAAGUUGCUUAUAUGUCCACAAGAUGAGUGGAAUGGGUGAAAACUCCUCUGACCCUACAAGAAUAGAUUCAAGAAAGCGUAAGGAAUCGCCAUGUGAGCACCCACGACCAAGCCCUAAACGUAGCACUGAGAAACGUCAUCGUGAGCAAGAAAAUAAAUAUAUUGAAGAACUUGCUGAGCUGAUAUUUGCUAAUUUUAAUGACAUUGAUAACUUCAAUGUAAAACCAGACAAAUGUGCAAUCUUAAAAGAAACUGUGAAACGAAUUCGUCAUAUAAAAGAGCAGGAAAAGGCUGCUGCAAAUGAAGACGAUGUCCAGAAAGCUGAUGUGUCCUCCACAGGUCAAGGUGUCAUUGACAAGGAUGCACUCGGACCAAUGAUGCUUGAGGCAUUGGAUGGGUUCUUUUUUGUGGUGAAUCUGGAAGGAAACGUAGUGUUUGUGUCUGAGAAUGUAACCCAGUACCUGAAAUAUAACCAGGAAGAACUGAUCAACUCUAGUGUAUACAGCAUACUACAUGUUGGUGACCAUGCUGAGUUUGUGAAAAACCUUUUGCCCAAGUCUCUUGUGAACGGGGUGCCUUGGUCCAAUGAAACUCCAAGACGAAACAGCCACACCUUUAACUGUCGUAUGCUGGUUAAGCCACCUGGUGACUCGGAUGAGGAAGGCCAUGAUAACCAGGAAGCACAUCAGAAAUAUGAAACUAUGCAGUGCUUUGCUGUGUCUCAACCAAAGUCCAUAAAAGAAGAAGGAGAAGAUCUACAAUCCUGUUUGAUUUGUGUUGCACGGAGAGUUCCUGUAAAGGAGAGACCACAAUUUGCAAAUACUGAAAACUUUUCGACGAGACAUGAUUUAACAGGCAAACUUAUAUCACUGGAUAUAAACUUAUUACGAGCAUCAAUGAAACCAGGAUGGGAAGACUUGGUGCGACGAUGCAUUCAAAGAUUUCAUUUGCAAAAUGACAAAGAGAUGGCUUUCGCUAAAAGGCAUCAUCAGGAAGUGCUGAGACAAGGCCAAGCUCUGAGCCCCAUUUAUCGUUUUUCUUUAUCUGAUGGCACCAUGGUUAUGGCACAAACCAGGAGCAAGCUUAUGCGUGCUCCAAGCACCAAUGAGCCUCAGUUGAUCAUGUCAUUGCAUGUUGUUCAAAGAGAGCAAAAUGUGUGUGGGACGAAUCAGGAUAUGACUGGGCAAGGCAUGGCAAAAAGCAUGAAUCCUAAUUCGAGUAGCCCAGCAACGGCAGGAGUUUCUGGUGAAAAAGCGAGUCAAGAAAUGACUAUGAACAGUAAUACCAGCUUUGGUAUGAAUGGUCUAAAGGAGCAAGCCAGCAUGGGGCAGGUGCCAGUCAACAGGUUUGGCAUUACAGGUGGAAUGAGCCAUGUAUCGGGCAUGCCAGCAGCUAUUCCUCAGGGUAGUAACUAUGCACUCAAAAUGGGCAGCCCAUCGAGAAGUAGUCCUGGGAUAAAUGCUGGGCAACAGAGCUCCAUGCUUUCACCGAGGCAUCGUGGAAGUCCUGGAAUGGUUGGAAGCCCUCGAAUCUCUGCCAAUCAGUUUUCUCCUGUCGGAAGCCUGCAUUCUCCAGUGGGUGUGUGCAGCAGCACAGGGAACAACCACAGCUACUCCAGCAGCUCGUUGAAUGCACUUCAAGCCCUUAGUGAAGGGCAUGGAGUUUCACAUGGAGCACCUUUGGCUUCGCCUGAUCUAAAAAUGGUGACUUCACAAAAUUCUCCUGGAAGCAUUAAUUUUUCUCAGCUAACUAAAAAAGGUAGCAUGGACUCCAAAGAUUCUUUUGGAUUGUUUAACGAACAAUCGGAGAAUACAGCUGGACAGCCGGAAAGUAGUGGACUUUCUGGAGAACAGAAGGAUGGUCACGAGAGUAAUUCAAAUGCGUUUGGAGGUAGAGAAAGGACUGAUGGGCAAGGUAGAGCGCAUGAUGGCAAAGGCCAUACCAAACUUUUACAAUUGCUAAUCGCUAAAUCUGAUCAAAUGGAUUCUUCCCCUUUGUCAAGUAUCGCUGGGGAUUCUAUGAAGGACUCCACGGGAGUGUCAUCGGGAUUGUUGUCUACGUCAACAGUGACAUCUACAACUAACACCUCUUCAGCGCACGGCCCCUUACUGAAAGAAAAACACAAAAUUUUGCACAGGCUUCUACAGGACAGCACAUCUGUAGACUUGGCAAAGUUGACAGCAGAGGCCACAGGUAAAGAACCCAAUCAGGACACGGGAAGUUCGGUUUCUGGCGCAGAUGCAACUGUUAAACAGGAGCAAAUGAGCCCCAAGAAAAAAGAAAAUGCACUACUUCGUUACUUACUGGAUAAAGAUGAUACAAGUAUGCAAGAUAUCAAGCCUAAGCUGGAACGGAUGGAUAGUAAGGUGGAAGCCUGCAUGAGCACUAAAAUGACCAUAAAGACAGAGAAGGAGAUGAAUUAUGAAUCAUCUGAACAGCUCCUACAUCACAAAUCCGAUGUUCCUUCAGCUCCUAAGUUGCACAGCAUCUUGAAACAGAAAUGCAGCACCACAACGAUCAGCAGUGACUUGGAUAACUUAGAAGAAAUUCUUGAUGACCUGCAGAACAGUCAGUUAUCGCAGCUUUUCCCAGACCCGAGGACAGUGCCUGGCAGUGGACCAGUCGACAAACAGAGCAUCUUCCAAGACCUUCUGCAAAUUGGCAGUGAAAGUGGCUCUGGACCAUCUCUUGGAACACAGAAACCAUUACCUGGGAUGUUACAAAGCGCUUUCAGUAACACUCGAGGUGUGCAACCAGCCAGACAACAGCAACAAGGUCGAAAUGUACCAAUGGAAAUGCACGUGCAGGCUCAGACAAGCCCAGGAUCUUUCCCACCAAUGCGAAACAGUGGCCCCUACUCAGUAAUGCCACAGCAACUGUUGAGUAAUCAGACGAUGAUGGGAAGUCCAGGAAACUUAGGAGCAAGUGCAGGAAUGAUCAGUAAUAUGGGAAGUGGAACCCCUCGAUCCAGUAUGGCUUCAGGAGAAUGGGGUUCAUCAAGCUCUGCUGUAAACACCACAGGUAACACCGUUUCUAACGCAUUAAGUAGGUCAACCUUGCAAGGAGGAAUCAUGUGUAGUCCUACACCUGGUAUGCCUAUGAGACCGAACAGCCAACCUGGACAGAGGCCGAUGCUUCAGUCACAAAUGAUGGGACCAUCGGAUAUUGAGAUGGGUAUGGGAGGUCCUCCGUACAGUCAGCAGCAAGCUCCACCAAACCAAACAGCACCUUGGCCUGACAGUAUAAUGCCUAUAGAACAGGGACCUUUUGUCAAUCAAAACCGGAGGCAAUCGUACAGCAGUUCUCAGGAUGAACUGCUUUGUUCAUCUAUUCCAAUGGAAACUGCGAAUGACGAAGGCACGCUUCUGGAUCAGCUGCGCUCAGCACUGAAAAAUAUUGAUGAACUUGGUCUAGAGGAAAUUGAUCGAGCCUUAGGAAUCCCUGAACUGGUAAACCAGAGCCAAAAUGUGGAUCACUCACAGGAAUCAUUCCCCAGCCAGCCCUCCACAAUGAUGGUAGAUCAAAAGUCUCAAGCAUACAGUCAGCCAUACUCUCCUCAGACUACAGUUGUACAAGGGAAUUACUCUACCAUGCAGGAACCUAGCUUUCAUCCAAUGGCUAAUCAAAUGGCACAGCGACUUGGAUACCCAAUGCUGCGUAUGCAGCAAAGGCCUGGGUUAAGGCCUGGUAUGGUACCCAACCAGCCCAAUCAACUUCGGCUUCAACUUCAACAAAGGCUUCAAGGACAACAAAUGAAUCGACAGGCACUCAUGAAUCCACUCAACACCGUCUCCAACAUGAAUCUACCUCUAAGAGCUAGUGUGCCACCACAGAUGAGUGGUCAGGGACCUAUCAAUGCACAGAUGCUGGCCCAGAGACAGCGUGAACUUUUAAAUCAGCAUCUGCGCCAAAAACAGAUGAUACAGGUGCAGCAGAGAACGAUGAUGAUGCGACAGCAGGGUCUGACUAUCCCACAAAGUAUGGCAGCACCUGGCAACAUGGCAGGUGCCAUGAGCACUCCUCGGAUUCCUCAGGCAUCACCACAACAGUUCCCAUACCCUCCGAACUAUGGUACUGGGCUCACUUCCCCGCCACCCUCCACCAGUCCUUUCUCCCCAGUGUCCCCCAAUCCUGGGUCACAGCUCCUCUCUCACAGCUCCUUGCAUGGCUCCCAGAUGAAUCUGGCUAACCAGGGAAUGAUGGGAAAUGUGGGAGGACAGUUUGGGCCUUUAAUGAGUCCCCAAAUGCAGCACAAUGCCUUCCAGUUUCCCAGCUCAGGGAUGACUCAGCAGCCUGAUCCAGGAUUUGGUGGGUCUACAACCCCUCAAAGCCCACUAAUGUCCCCAAGAAUGGCUCAUACACAGAGUCCUAUGAUGCAACAAUCUCAAUCUACACCUACCUACCAGUCACCUUCUGAGAUUAACGGCUGGUCACAGGGAAACAUAAAUGGAAACAGCAUGUUUUCACAGCAGUCACCACCACAGUUUGGACAACAAGCAAACACCAGCAUGUAUAGCAACAAUAUGAACAUCAGUGUUUCAAUGGCAACCAACACCACUGGUAUGAACAACAUGAAUCAGAUGUCAGGGCAGAUUAGCAUGACCUCAAUGACCUCUGUGCCUACAUCAGAACUGUCGUCUAUGGGUGCUGAACAGGUGAAUAAUCCCAGCAUGAGGGGAGGCAACCUUUUCCAGAGCCAACUGUCCAGUAUGGACAUGAUGAAACCAGACGGGGAUGGGUCUCGGAAAUUUUGCUGACCCUCAAGAUUGCUUAUUCCUCCCAUCUUCAACCAACCAGGUCCACGUGUUUGCUGAUGUACAGUACAAGGUCAGCGCUUUUAGGUGGCAACGGAUACGCCAACCAACAAGCUCCACAUCAAGCCAAGAAACGUGCAGUAGCCAAUCGAACUCUCAG